AAGUGCAACACCGGCGAGAUCCAUUGCUGCAACACCGUCGGCCGCUCGGACGACUCGUCGUUCACCAAAUACCUCACCCCGCUCGUCCAGGAGGCCAUCAAGGACCUCACUACCGUCAUCGGCGUCGACUGCGACCCCAUCACCGUCAUCGGCGCCACCCUCGCGGGCACCUGUACCGCCCAACCCGUGUGCUGCGAAAACAAGUCUCUCGGCGGCCUCGUCAACAUCGGCUGCGUCCCCGUC